AUGGGUCACUCCGCAGGUCUCCGCGCUGGCACGAGAUACGCCUUCAGCCGUUCCUUCAAGGAUCACGGUGCGAUUCCUCUCUCCACCUACCUCAAGACCUACAGGGUCGGCGACAUCGUCGAUGUCGUUGCGAACGGUGCCGUCCAGAAGGGUAUGCCCUACAAGGUCUACCACGGCAAGACCGGCAUCGUCUACAACGUGACCAAGUCCGCCGUCGGCGUCAUCCUCUACAAGCAGGUCGGCAACCGCUACAUGGAGAAGCGCAUCAACGUCCGCAUCGAGCACGUCAAGCACUCGCGCUCCCGUGAGGAGUUCCUUGUCCGCGUCAAGGAGAACGCCGCCAGGAGGAAGGCCGCCAAGGCCGACGGCAAGAGCGUCCAGCUCAAGAGGCAGCCCGUCAUGCCCAGGGAUGCCAGGACCGUCAGCAUGAAGGACAACCUCCCCGAGUCCAUCACGCCGCUCGCCUACGAGACCACCAUCUAA